CACCUCCGCAUUUGGAGAGCUACGGGGCAAUGGAGAACGUGAACUUGAACACCGCCAUAAAGGCAGUGAUUUUUGACAUAGGUGGAGUUGUCCUCAAGAGCCCUCUCAUCGCCAUCGGCCAGUACGAGAAGGAACACGGAAUACCCGACAACUACAUAAACUGCUCCAUCACAGCUCGCGCGCCACACGGUGCAUGGCAGAAAUUCGAGCGUGGCGAGAUGCCCCUCUUCCCGUUCUACGAAGCCUUCGGAACUGACCUUUCUGACACCAUUAACGGCAAUAAAUGGUACAUGGCGUACUGUCGUCGAAGAUCCAUAGAUUGUCCAACAUUGCCGAAGAGCUUGAAUAUUGAUGGACGCGAGCUCUUCGGGAAGAUGAUGCGAGAGAGCACCACCUACGAUGAAUGUGUACUGGAAGCCAUUCGUCGAAUCAGAGAGACAGGAAAAUACCGCAUCAUCGCUCUCACGAACAAUUUCUCGAAGACAGACACCUCUAUAUUGGGAGAUCAUCCACCACCAGGGAAAUAUGGUGGGAUCAAGGUCACACUGGAGUCAGAGCUCAAGUUUUUGGGAUGGACGAAUGGGGCGGUGCCCCCGGGUCUCCGAGCCCUAUUUGACGACUUUGUAGACUCCAGUGAGAUUGGCAUGCGAAAACCGGAGACGAGAUUCUACGCGUACUGUCUGGAGCGAAAUAAGAUAGCAGCCCACGAGGCCGUGUUUUUGGACGACCUGGGACAGAAUCUGAAAGCCGCAAAGGACAUGGGCAUGAAAACCAUCCACGUGCCGAUUGGAGGAUCAUUGAACGCGAUUAAGGAGUUGGAGCAGGUUCUAGAUUUGGACCUCACGAACGGAUUCGACCCAAGUCGACAGUCGACAUCGAAGUUGUAG